CGAACCCUGAUGUGCAAGCAACAAUGGCAGACCAUGGAAAAUCACUUGGUGUUGUUGAAAAAACACUCUUCUUCUUUGAGCGUUUUGCACUCCUUGUUGCACUGCUCAUUCCCGAAGCUAAGGAUUUGGCUCUCUUAUGUGUCCUUAUUGCCAAUUUGGUUUACUUUACCGUGUGCUGCAUCACCUUGGAUGACCAUGUUGCUUCUCUUUUCCCAUUUGUUAUGUGUGAAUACCCUUUUUGGAUUGAGCGUCUUGCAUUCUUUUUAGUUUCAGUUUCUACCAAUUCUCACUGGCAAAGGUAUGGUUACUGGGAAAGGUGUAUAGGAGUUGGUCUCUUUGUUUUUACCAAUGCUGUUUACACCUACAUGAUGAUCUUCAUGGAUUUCAAGGAUUUUGGCUCUUCUUGUUGGAGUUUAUGUGGAAGCUCUAAUAAUAACCCUACAAAUGAGGAAACUAACAAGGGUGAGGAGUUGGAAGAGCCAGAAAACAAAAGUGAUGUGGAGUAUGAAGAAUUACUGAAACCUGAUGAUCAGAACAAUGGCAGCAACAGAGUUAAGGAAGAUGAAGAUACUCUAUAUCUACAUGUACAGGAAACUAGCAAGGGAGAAAAAUUGAUUGAAGAGAAAGCUAAGAUGGAGAAUGAUCCACACAGAGAAAAUAAGGAUGAUGAUAAUAAUGACAGCAGUGGAAUGGAAUUAUUCGAUGCAGAAUUUCAUGAAUUCAUGUUAAGAACAUUGAAGUUAGUGUUUCGUGUGGCUGUAGCUUCCAUUCCCGUGAUAGCCCCCGGCUAUUUCAACUGGCACUCAACUAUCUCCUUCUUUUUUGCAUAUGCCCUUUUCUUACUUCACUUCCCAAUUGAGCAUCGAAAUGUGGUCUAUAGAGCUGACGAAGUCAGCAUAGCCUUUCUGGGAAUCUGUUACAUUUGUGGAUCAUUAUUCUUAGGGGUAGUGGCUUAUGGUCUCUAUAUUUUAACUCAAUUGGUUUGCUUUAUAUACUGGUCAAGCGACUCAAGAUUGACACAGAAGCAGAAAAUAGUCAGUCAUGCUUUUAGAGUUUUUAGCUCUAACUCAAAGGAAGGUGAGAAGGUCAAGGGGCCAUUGGAAGGGCAAACUACCAACAAGGAUGAGCCUCCACAAGGUGACCAAGAAGCUGCUGCAGAAGAUAAAGCAAAUAAUAAAUGGGAAGAAGAUUUUUUGUGGUCAAAGACUGCUUUGGAUUUUAAAAUGGUUGAACAAUCGUGGGAGGAUGAUGAUAUAUGUGAAGAAUCGUGGGAAGCUGAUGACCCAAGUGACUGUAGCAUUAGCAAUGACUGGCAACAAGAAUGUGGGGAUUUGUUGGACAAAAAAGAAUACAAUUGGAAGAAGCUAAUCUUCAAGAGGAAGUUGAAAGAUGAAGGAUUUGAACAUAACCAACCUCACCAUGCAUUGAUAAAACAGCUUAAGCAAUUGGAACAUGACAAUAACACACUUGCUGCAAAGGUUCAUGCUUAUGAAGAAGAUAGCCUCAAGUGGGAGGGACAGAAAAACAAUCUCAUUGAAGAGCUUAAUGCUACAAGGAUUUCUAGAGAACAAAUUUCUCAUUGCUACUUAAAUUUGAAUAAAGAUUACAAUGAUUUAUUGAAAAAGUUUAAUGCUACAAAUACAGCUUUUAAACAUGAUGAACAACUCAAGUGGAAGGAAGAGAAAAACAUGAUCACCGCAAAGCUUGAUGAGGCAACUAAGUCACUGGAGAAGUACCAAGGCAUUGCAAAUGAAUUUGACGGGCAACGCCGCAAAUGGGAGGAAGAGAAAAAUGAACUCGAUGCAGCUAAAACUUAUUGGUACCAAGCCUAUUUGAAGCUUUCAUAUGCUAGUAAUGAAAAUUUUCACGUAAUAAAUGAAUCCACUGAGAGUUACAAAGCUCAUUUGCUUGAGUCUGAAGAAAUUUGCAACAAGUUAAUGGACAAGAAUGCUAUGCUUGCUGCAAAGCUUAUUGUGGAAACUUCAUCGGCUGAAUACUUCCAAAAACUUGUGCAUGAGUUUGAAGAAAAAUGCAGAGUCUUGGAGGCAGAGAAAAACGAUCUCAAUGCCAAGCUUUUCACAGCUAUGGCAUCCAACGAGCUUUACAAAAGCCUUCUGCGUAAUUUUGAUUGUCAGUAAUUCCUUUAUGCACUUAGCUUUUUAUUAGCAGUAGUAAUUACUAAUUAGGUGUGGUUCCUUAGGUUAUGGAGUAACUUUUUGGAUAGGUUAAAUGGUUAAAUACUUUUCAGUUUUAGGUAAUGUGCCUAGAUUUUCUACAUAUGGUUUAUUGACUUUAGCUUACUUUUGGUCAA